AUGACGGCAUGGCUGGUGGUGCUACUCGCAGAUCGAAAGGAACUAAGGAAGCUCCAACACGAGGGAGAAGGAUUCUUCAAGAAACUACUGCAAUUCGCUGCCAAUGUCAGGGUCGUCGUUAAAGUCGUUGAUGUUGCUUCCCUUUUCCUCCUCAGCGCAUCCUCUUCCCCAAUCCCUAGGGUUUCACAAGCCACCAUGGAUCUCCCUUCCCAAGUCGUGAAGCCAUGGUGCUGCAACCUCACCUUUUCCUUCGUGUCAGAGUCGAACGUGAUCGCCAACCUUACUACACCUCUGCCAUGCUGUGUUAUGAUUGACGAUGUUGGAUUGAGAAUUAGGUUUGUGAUGUUGAACAUUGGAGUGGAUGAAGAAGAGGUGUUGAAAUGGAGAGGAAUAAAUGUUUUUAUUAAAAGAAUAAAGAAGAGCUGCUUCACGGGUCGGUCAUCUGAACAAGAGAGAUUGACUGUGAAGUUUUGGCGGGAAGCUGACAUUCUUUCCAAGCUUCAUCAUCCAAAUGUGGUUGCAUUUUAUGGUGUGGUACAGCAUGGACCAGGUGGUACAAUGGCCACUGUGGCAAAAUAUAUGGUGGAUGGUUCUCAUAGGCAUGUAUAUCUUGAUCGUCGGAAGAGGCUGAUAAUUGCAAUGGAUGCAGCUUUUAGAAUGGAAUAUUUGCACUCGAAAAACAUUGUGCAUUUUGACUUAAAAUGUGACAAUUUGCUUGUAAACUUGAAAGAUCCUUUACGUCCAAUACGCAAGGUUGGUGAUUUUGGCUUAUCAAAAAUUAAGAGAAAUACUUUGGUUACUGGUGUGCGUGGGACACACUACCUUGAAUGGCACCAGCUUCUGAAUGGCCGCAGCAAUAAGGUCUCAGAAAAGGUUGAUGUGUUCUCCUUUGGCAUUGUAUUAUGGGAAAUUCUUAUUAAUGUGUAACGCAAACACAAAGCACGUUGGUUCCUAUUUGAUCAAAACA